AUGGAUUCGGACCCAUUGACAGUAUUAAUAACUCUUCGUGAAGAGAUCGAGUCGGCCGAAAAUGCCGAGCUUGUCGGCGUGAUGUACCAAUUGGAAGACUUUUACGAGCGGAAAUUGUGGUUCCAAUUGACGGAGUUGUUGUCGCAACAGUUCUACAAGAACCCAAACUCACAGCCAAUUAGACUGAAGUUGUUUGAGAACUUCAUUCUCAAAUUCAACGACAAGAUCAACCAACUCAAAUUAAUCGAGUUUCUGUUGUUGUCGAUCCAGGAGUCGGAGCUGCCAGAAAGCCUGGAAUACCUGUUGAAUCUCAAACAACUCAUCAAAAAUAGAAAGAACAUCAAAAAGACAGACGACGACGAUAUCGCAGACAUAGACAUCCUCCAGGCGUUGUUGUUCUUGGAAAUAGAAAUCGCGGGAGUCAAGCUGAAACUGGGAUUUGUGGACGAGGCGUCCGCUAUCAUCGACGAAUGCUCCAAGAAGAUCGAAACCAUCAACUGGUCUUUGGACAACAGGAUCAAUGCAAGCUACUAUUUCACAAACGCCAGUCUGAUGAAGCUCAAGGGUGACUACACGGCCGUUUACUACAACUCGCUGCUGUUCCUGGCAUGUAUCGACGACCUUGAAAACCUCACCAACAAACAGGAGAUCGUGAGAGAUAUCAGCGUGAGUGCUUUGCUGGGCGACAAGAUCUACAAUUUCGGCGAGAUCAUCAUGCACGACAUCUUCAAGUACUUGACGAUCCCAUGGCUCAAACAGCUGUUGCUGUCGCUCAACUCUGGAGACCUCAAGAGUUUCGAGAGCGUCGUGACGGGUAAAGAGAUCCAACAAGUUGCGGAGCUGGCUUCCAAUGUGAAUUUCCUCAAGCAGAAAAUGUGCAUCAUGUCGUUGAUUGAGCUGAUUUUCAACAGACCAACCAAGAACAGAGUGUUCAAGUACGACGACAUCCGUGCACACGUGCCGUUCUUGAAAGACCACAACGAGGUGGAGAACUUGAUUAUCAAGUGCUUUAGUUUGCAAUUGAUUAAAGGUUUGAUUAACGAGGUUGACUCCGAGGUCGAAGUCACGUGGAUCCAGCCUAGAACAAUGACUGUGGAACAAAUCCAGGCCAUGAAGGGACAGCUCGAGACCUGGACUUCCAAGGUUGCUGACCUGAACGAGUACAUGGCUGUUUCCGGAAAAGAACUCUGGGUCUGA